GUAGUUCCCGGUGAAAAUAGAUAAAUGCCAGUGCACAUUUACACAGUGCACAUUUCAAUAGACGCAACCGCUUAAGCCGGACAUCGUCCACAUAGAGGGACACCCGCGGUUUUCCAACAAGAUGCAGUGCCGCGGUAUUGUCCUUUUGUGUUUUUGUGUGCUCUCCGCUUCGGCUGACACCUUCGGAGCCAGCCUGAGGCUUUUGGGCAAGGUGUAUAACAACUGUGAGAAGUCCCAGGAGAUAGUUAAGUGCUUGAAGAUUCAGGCGACUAAAUUGGCGGAUAGGGCAGCGCGGAUGGACACGCUUCCUAUCCUCGAUGGAAUCAAAUUAGUGAAACGACCUGAAGCCGGCAGGGCGUCUCCCAACGCUUUACCUGAAGAUGAAGACCUGGACUCAUUACCUUCGGAGAAAAUUGAUAAGUACUUGCAGCUCGCGACUUCGAAGCUGAUGCAGACACAUCGCGUCUUCAUAUCUCCCAUGGAGGUCGGUGAAGAUGUUGGACGAUCCUUAAACGAAGCUAGGAGCAAGCUGAAGAAAAUGAUGGGUCCCAUUAUCGCUGGUGUGGCAAUCAAAGGUGGUUUCUUAAUGAUGGCAUUCCACGCAAUAGCUCUGAUCGCUGGAAAGGCUCUUCUUAUCGGUAAGAUUGCUCUGCUGCUGUCGGCGAUCAUCGGCUUGAAGAAAUUGGUUUCUGGUGGGGAGUCCCAUGAGAAGACUACGUAUGAGAUCGUGAAGCAUCCUCAGGUGUCCCAGAGUCAUACGUACUCGUCUUCUCACUAUGGCAGCGACUUCGACAGCACAGGUCCUGGUGGUCACUACAGGAGGAGCGUGGAAGACGAAGCCGCUGCUCAGGAUAGGGCCUACAAAGCCUAUGCCAAGAAGCAGUAGGUUUUAGAAAAUACAACAGGCUUACGACUCCAUAUUUUACAAAAUUCACAACGACGCGGCAUUUUUUAUUUGCACUUAAUUAGACCAAAUCACUUUUGGUCCUCUGCAAAGGAAUAAUGUUUAACCAAAAAUGAUAUUUAAUAAUGCUUAUUCAAACGACACUAGGUAGUUAAUUUAAUAAUUUAUUUUAUUUAUUCGCUAGUUUAGUCCCAUGUUAAUCGUUAUUUAAUCAAUGCAUAAUAAUGAUAAUAAAAGUUAUAAUUUAUUAUGUAAAUAAGAUUGCGCACGCAUUUUGCAUGUGUGCAUAUUAUGCUCAGUACAUAAGUUAAAUAGGGUUGUAUAAUCGGACGCACCAAAUAAUAAAUAUUAAUGCUAAUAAUUAUAUAAUUAUACAAAUAAUAAUUAUUGUUGUAUUCAUGAGUUAAUCGUAAUUGUAUUAAGACUUUUUAGGCUAGUCGACGGGUACUGUGCAUUUCUGUGUCUACGUUUGUCCAAUUUUGUAUAAAUAGCGGAUAAAGUAUUAUAGUAAGUUUUUUAUAUUAUUUUAUUUAUAUGGUGCUGUUUAGAUUAAGUAGGUAAUUUAUUUAUUUAUGCUAUUCUUUUAUGUUAACAUCUUGAAGCCGUUCAAUGGCGAGGUGGUUACGCGAGUACCUUUUAUUUAUUUAUUUAAAUCAGAAAUAAUAAUUGCGUACUGUAAUAACCCUUAUUAAUAGGUUAAGGAAUAAUUAGUUGUAAGUUAUGAUGAUGAUGAAAAAUAUUCUUAUAAGAAACCAACGAAUGACGACUUGAAGAAAGAAAAUAAUAGAAACUGAAUGU